GCGCGCGCCGGGCAGUCAUGGCGGCGGCGGCCCCCGCGGCGUGGCGGCGGGCGCUGCACGGAGCGGCGCCGGCCCGGGACGUCCUGCUGUUCGAGCACGAGCGGGGCCGCCUCUUCGGCUUCCUGGGCCUCUUCUGCGCCGGCCAGGGGGUGUUGUGGACGGCGCUGGCCGCCGCCGCGCUGGCCGGCCCGCCCAGACCCGCGCCGCCCCCCGCAGCGGAAGCGGAAGUGCCGGCGGCGCCCGCGCGGGGCUCCGCCCUCUGGCGCUACGGCCUGGCCCUCGGCUGCGCCGCCGUCGGGUCCCUGGUGCUGACCGCAGGGCUGCUCUUCUCCCACCGGUCCGUGCGUUCGGUGCUGCUGCGAGCGGGGGGCCAGCAGGUGACCGUCACGACUCACGCCCCCUUGGGCCUGGGAGCCGAGUUCACCGUGCCCCUGCGCCACGUGUCCUGCCUGGCCCACCGGAGCGAGGUGCCCGCCGUGCUGCCCCUCAAGGUUAAGGGCAGGCGCUUCUACUUCCUCCUGGACAAGGCCGGACGUUUCCCCAACCUGCGGCUCUUCGACGUCACGGUGGGAGCCUACCGGAGUCUGUGAGGGCGGAGGGGCCGGGGGCCGGACUCCACGGUCGGAGCUGGGGCUAGAGACCGGGAAGAAGAAAUAAAAACGAAGGAAAACCAACA